AUGGCCGAGAAGGGAAAAUUAGAUCCUAUCAUUGGGCGUGAUGAGGAAAUCAGAAGAACUCUUGAAGUUUUGGCACGUCGAACCAAGAAUAACCCUGUAUUGAUUGGUGAAGCUGGUGUCGGCAAAACAGCGAUCGCAGAAGGUCUUGCACAACGUAUUAUUGCCAAUGAAGUACCAGAAUCAAUCAAAGGCAAACGUGUUAUCGCUUUGGAUUUGGGCGCACUUGUUGCGGGAGCUAAAUACCGUGGUGAAUUUGAAGACCGUUUGAAAGGUGUCUUAAAGGAAGUAUCAGAAUCAGAUGGUAAUAUCAUCUUGUUUGUGGAUGAGAUCCACAUGUUACUUGGAUUGGGUAAAUCUGAAGGCGCAAUGGAUGCCGGCAAUUUAUUAAAGCCUGCAUUGGCUAGAGGUCAACUUCGAUGUGUUGGUGCUACUACUAUUGACGAAUAUCGUAAAUACAUUAUGCAAGAUCCCGCCUUAGCUAGACGUUUCCAACAAGUUAUGGUGGAGGAACCCAGUGUCACUGAUACCAUUUCCAUCCUUCGUGGUCUUAAAGAGCGUUACGAAGUACAUCACGGUGUCCGCAUUUCCGAUGCCGCUAUUGUAGCUGCUGCAAUCCAUUCUCAUCGUUACAUUGCUGAUCGUUUCCUCCCCGAUAAGGCUAUUGAUUUGGUCGACGAAGCAUGUUCCAAACUUCGCCUCCAACAAGAAAGCAAACCCGAAGCACUCGAGAACCUCGAUCGUCAAAUCAUGACGACUCAAAUCGAAUUAGAGUCACUUCGUAAAGAAACCGAUGUCAUGUCUGUUGAGCGACGUGAAAAACUUCAAUCAGAGCUUGAAACAAAGCAAAAAGAAAGUCAACGUCUUUCUGCUAUUUGGAAUACGGAACGACAAAAGUUGGAAGAGAUCAAGCGUGUUAAAGAAGAUCUCGAAAAGGCACGUGUCGAUUUAGAGGCAGCUCAACGUAGUGGUAAUUUCCAAAGAGCUUCCGAACUUCGUUACGGUGUUAUUCCAAACCUCGAAAAGAAGUUGCCCACAGAUACGGCAGAAGAAGAUAACCCAGAGUCAUUUAUUCAUGAACGUGUAACAAGUAAUGAUAUUGCUCGUGUUGUUUCCCAAAUGACUGGUAUUCCUGUAAGAAACUUGAUGAAGGGCGAAAGAGAAAAGUUGCUUCAUAUGGAAGAUGUCAUGUCGAAGCGUGUAGUUGGCCAAGACGAAGCUAUUACAGCAGUUGCUGAGGCUGUCCGUUUAAGUAGGGCCGGUCUUCAAAAUCCCUCUAAGCCCAUUGCGUCCUUCUUAUUUUUAGGCCCUACUGGUGUUGGUAAAACCGAACUUUGCAAAACAAUUGCAAAGUUCUUAUUUGACACAGAAAAUGCUAUUGUACGUGUCGAUAUGUCUGAAUACAUGGAGAAAUUUAGCGUGAGCCGUUUGAUUGGUUCUCCACCAGGUUAUGUUGGACACGAAGAAGGAGGUGAAUUGACCGAAGCCGUUCGACGUAGACCUUAUGCAGUAGUCCUUUUAGAUGAAAUGGAAAAAGCUCAUCGUGAUGUAUCAAACAUCUUGUUACAAGUGCUUGAUGAUGGUGUAUUGACAGAUACAAAAGGAAGAAAGAUCGAUUUCCGAAACACGAUUAUUAUUAUGACCUCAAAUUUGGGAGCGGAUGCUUUAGUCUCUGACGUAAAUGCAGAUGGUGAAGCUGCCUUAAGAGAUAUUGUUGAUGUUCGUAUCAAGGAAGUAGAAGAAAGAACAGCAGAUCGUCGUAUUUCUAUUGACGUUGAUAUGGAAGCAAGAGAUUGGUUGGGAGAACACGGAUAUGAGCCAGCUUAUGGUGCCCGUCCAUUGAAUCGUUUGAUCCAAAAGAAAUUAUUAAAUCCUUUGGCUCGUCUUCUAAUUGAUGGUGGUAUUCGUACUGGAGAAACCGCUAAAGUAUCCAUUAAAACCUUGCCUAGUGGAGAAGUUGAUUUAGAUAUCAAGCGUAACCAUGAACCCGGUAUGGCUCCUACUGAAGAGCAAAAUUUGUUAGAGCAACAUAUGGCGCCUCCCAGACAUGUUAUGUAUUUCAGCAAGGAGGCCAAGCUCGACGGCAGCAAGGCUAUCCGUGGUGGUAUUCCAAUUUGUUUCCCUAUUUUCGGCACUAAAGAAAAGAUCGCUCUUCCUCAACACGGCUUUGCUCGUAAUAAUUAUUGGGAAUAUCUUGGUAUUGUGAGCGAUAAUGAUGAAGUUGUGGUUCGUUUUGGUUUAAAGGAUACACAAAUCCCCCAAGAAGCUAGAAAUGCAUGGCCCCAUUCUUUCCGUUUGACUUACACUGUUAGUUUGUCAGCAAAGUCAAUUAAGACCUUUUUCAAUUUGAAGAAUGAAGAUGAAGAUACUUUUGAAUUCAAUACUCUUCUUCACACGUACUUUAGUGUUCCCGAUGUCACCAGUUCACAAGUUCAAGGCUUGGCCUCUUGUGAAUACGUUGAUAAAGUAGAGGCAGGUGCCAAAUUUACUGAACAGAAUGAAAAUGUCACAAUUGCUGGUGAGGUCGAUAGAGUGUACAAGAAGGUUCAAGAUAAGCUCAUUUUAGAGGUUGGAGACGGUUCUCGAAUUCAGAUUGAAAAGAGUAACUUAAAGGAUACUGUUGUUUGGAAUCCUUGGAUUGAAAAGGCUAAGGCUAUGGGUGAUUUUGGCAACGAAGAAUAUAAAAAUAUGAUUUGUGUUGAAGCUGGAAGUGUUGCUGAUUGGGUUGUUUUAGCUGGAGGUCAGACUUGGACUGCCGGACAGACUUUAACAGUUGUUUAA